GAAAACGGCGUCUCUUUGAUUUACACGAUUGACUGACGAGAUUGUUGUUAUUUCGGCGAUGUUCGCAUUCGAAAAGAUGAAUCGCUAUAUGGAGUUAGGAUCCGGCGGUGAUGAGGAGAAUCCGUUGGUAAUGAGAGGAAUCCGGCAGCCUAGUACAAAUCUGUUCGAUGCUCUACCGUGGAUCCUAUAUGUUCAAUUCGUUGAUUUUUUUGGAGUAUCUACUCACCGGAGAACACUAUCUCUGACCGGAGUUUGGUAAUUAAUCUUUUCUCUAUCUUUAUAAAUCAGUAAAUUUUUUUAUCAAGGUAGUAUGCUCUAAUGACAGAUUGAUUGUGUCAUUAUGAUUCGAGAAAAUUCAAUCAAAGGAAUGUCAAACAUAUUGUUCCAAAGUGACUUUUCAUGGUAUUAUCUACAUUCUUCCAAUGAUUGUGUCAUUAUGAUUCGAGAUAAUUCAAUCAAAGGAAUGUCAAACGCGUUGACCAAAAGAUGAGUCAAAUUUUGUAUAUAUCGCCACCACCACCACCAUCCACAUCUCACACUCACAUCAAUGGAAUUUGGUUUCAUGAUAAUACUAUUCUCAUGUGUCUUAUUCUUGCUUCUGUCAACUUGUGCAACACUAGACACCAUCUCUACAAAUCAAGUAUUCAGAGAUGGAGACACAAUAGUUUCAGAUGAUAAUAUGUUUGAACUCGGCUUCUUUAGCCCGGGAAAAUCCAUGAAUCGGUACCUAGGGAUCUGGUACAAGAAGAUAUCCACGGGUACACUUGUAUGGGUUGCUAACAGGGAGACACCAAUCACAGAUGACUCAGGCAGGCUCAAACUUAGCAGACAAGGAGACCUACUAAUUCUCGGUGCUGACAAUACAGUGAUCUGGUUAUCGAAUUCAACAGUAUCCGCGAUGAGCAAUAAUCCUGUGGUGGUGGUGCAGCUUCUGGAUACUGGAAAUCUUGUUGUAUGGGAUAGAAGCACCAAGAACGGAAAUGUAAUCUGGCAAAGUUUUGAUUAUCCAGGUAACACAUUAUUACCAGGAAUGAAAUAUGGAAAAGAUUUAGUAACAGGAAGAGAGCGGGUUAUAAUACCAUGGAAGAGUGCAGAUGAUCCCUCACCAGGUGAAUAUUUACACUGGCUAGACACAAAUGGAUAUCCACAAAUGUUUGUCAGACAAGGUUCGGUUAUACGAUGGAGAUAUGGACCAUGGAAUGGUCGUAAAUUUCAAGCUUUACUCAUGGAAAACCCAAAUCCUAUUUACUCGGUUCAAUUUGUUUCUAACGAAAAGGAAAUAUAUUUCAAAUAUGAGCUUAAAACAUCGGUUGUUCAAAGGGUCAUUGUGUUGCCAGAUGACACCGCUGUGCAUUUGCGUUGGAUGGAUCAAAUCCAAGACUGGGUUGUGCAAUCUGUUAGAACAGUAACAGAGAUUUGUGGUGGUUAUGGACUUUGUGGGCCAUACGGAAGCUGCAACGGUAAUAGGUACCCCCCUUGUACUUGUAUGGCAGGUUUUAAGCCUCGGGUCCCAGAUGAAUGGGAUAGAGGUAAUGGGUCUAGUGGGUGUGAACGUAAACGGGCUUUAGAUUGUGGAAGUGGGUCUGGCUUUAAAAGAGUUUCAGGAGUUAUAUUUCCAGACACACGCCGUUCAUGGUAUAAUCAUAGCAUGACGCUUGAAGAAUGUGAGAUGGCUUGCAGAAUGAACUGCAAUUGUACAGCUUUUGCAAAUACAGAUAUCAGAAAUGGCGGAAGCGGAUGUUUGCUUUGGUUUGAUGAGCUUCUUGAUACCACAGAGAGUGAGGAUAAGCAGGAUCUUUACAUAAAAUUGGCUGCCACUGAGUUAGCUGCAGGAAACGACGAUUCCCCGGCUAUCUUAAACAAGAAAGAAAGAGUAUAUACAGUGGUAUUUUUAACUACAUCUGUUGUGCUACUUCUAUUUAUGGUGGCAUAUUCUUGUAUAAAGAAACAGAAAAGGCUUCAUAUGAAAGAAAGAGAAGACAGGUAUGCCCUUGAUAAAAAGGAUAACAGUGUGCGGAUGGAAGAUCUUGAUGAGCUACCUUUACUUAGUCUAAAUAAAAUAGUCAAGGCUACAGAUAACUUUAACAUCAACAAAAAAAUUGGAGAAGGUGGAUUUGGUCCAGUUUACAAGGGUGUGUUGGAAGAUGGACAAGAGGUAGCUGUGAAGAGGCUCUCAGAAACAUCCCAUCAAGGGAUUGAAGAAUUCAAGAAUGAAAUCAUUUGUAUUGCCAAACUUCAGCAUCGCAAUCUCGUGAAGCUUCUUGGAUACUGCAAUCACAGAAAUGAACUGAUUUUGGUUUAUGAAUACAUGACAAACAAAAGUUUAGACUUAUAUCUAUUUGAUGAAAGCUCGAUGCUUGACUGGCCACAACGGUUUAAUAUUAUACAAGGGAUGGCUCGAGGUAUUCUUUAUCUACAUCAAGAUUCCCGUCUUCAAAUCAUACACAGAGACCUCAAGGCAGGUAAUAUUCUUUUGGAUGGUGACAUGAACCCCAAAAUCUCCGACUUCGGCCUUGCUAGAAAGUUUGUAGGAUCCGAUACUGCCACUAAGACAAAAAAAGUAGUGGGAACAUAUGGUUAUAUUUCUCCAGAAUACGCUAUACAUGGAAGAUUUUCUGUAAAGUCUGAUGUAUAUAGUUUUGGAGUUUUGGUGUUGGAGAUAGUGAGUGGUAAGAAAAACAGAGAAUUCUGUCAUGAUGAUCGCAAUGACAACCUUCUUGGACAUGCAUGGAGACUUUAUAAACAAGGCAGAUCCAUUGAACUUAUGUGUGCAUCUUUACAUGCCUCUUGUGUCAUCCCUGAAGUGCUAAGAUCAAUACAUGUUGGAUUAUUAUGUGUGCAAAAUCAUGCAAAAGAUAGGCCAACUAUGUUAUCGGUGGUUUUAAUGCUGGUCAGUGAGAGUGUGUUGCCUGAACCUAAACAACCAGCUUUUUACUCUGAGGAGAGCAGUAGUGAACUUGAGUCUGUUUCAUCAGUUGAUGGUUCCAUGAUAACACAUUUAUAUGCCCGAUAGCAAACAAGUGAUGCUAUCAGAUGUACAUGAAGCUGUAACAUAUUCCAGGCACUUGUUGUAGUGGAUGUUGCCAUAACAUUUUUUAGUGUCAAAAUAUAUUCACGCUGAUACAGAAAUCAAAUAAAAGAAUUUCAAAAGUUAGGCUAUGUGUAGUGGUUUUAUGCCCCUUCAGGUCCUGUUUUACGUGCAUUUCUAUUGGCUGUAGCAUGGGGUCCACAACCAUGCAUGUGACUCCUCUCAUGAUGA